AUGCCGCCUAGUAGACGGCCGCGAACCGACCCCAUCGUCCGGGUCCGCACCGGUUGCUGGGCCUGCAGACGCCGCAAGAAGAAGUGUGACGAAACCAAGCCGGUCUGUGGGGGAUGUGUGCGGAACAAGCUCACCUGCCAGUGGCCUACCAUCAUCCCCGGAUCCAAGGCCAAUAAUCUAUCCACCAGGCCGGAGGAGGGUGAUCCACAGGGCCAACCACCACAGGAAGAUGGCCAACCGGCGAGGAUGCAGCGUGGAGCGUCAAGCUCGACGGAGGUUCCUCAGACGACUUCUAUAGACGGCAAUCAGAGCUUGACCGUUGGGAAUGUGCUCCCUCGAAGCCUGUCAAUGUUCCCUGGCCAUGGACCCGAUUCCUACCAGCUUCUUAGCCACUACCUAGCUACUACGGCCGACUGUAUGGCCAACGGCUCCACUCCUAUUAACCCCUUUCUGGUCCAGAUUGUUCCACUUGCUUUCAGUAGCGACCUACUCCUUCAGCUGGUUCUGACUCAGAGUGCUGCCCAUCGAGCAUUUCGCUCUCGCAAGGAGUCUGACGAGGUUGCGCAGAGUCACUACACCACCGCCCUUCAGCUGUUUCGAAAAGGGGUUACGGAGUUUAUCGACGGGAAAGAGUCAAACGCGCUUAUGCUGACAGUGGGGGCAUUGGUGAUGUGCUUUACAGAGACAGCCAAAGGCGAUAUGAACGGCACGAUAUUCGACCACUUGACCGCUGCUAAUUCUCUCUUGAUCCGUCUUCUCGCACAGAGUGAUGCAGCCGUCCCGAAAGAUCUCAAGGACUUUGUUAUAGAAUACUACACCUACACGGCGGCAGUGAGCAUGAUAUCAAUCGAUGCUCGAGUUAGUGCCCAGCUUUUUCUGAACUUUGACCUCGAACAAAAGGCACGACAGUUGUUGCAGUCAGAGUAUGUGGGGAAUUUAUGUGGCUGCUGGCUGGAGCUGUUGCUCAUGAUCCCGUGCAUUUUCGACCUGGGUCGGCAAUGGAUGAUGCACGAUGGGCAGUCAGCCAUGCCCACUGCAGAUGAUAUUGCCAUGUUCGGCUCCUUGCAAGUGCAGAUCAUGCGGUGGAUGCCAUAUGCCUCUGCUACUCCGGAGGUGUUUCUUGCGGGACGGAUUUUCCAACAAGCGAUGCUACUUUAUCUGUACACUUCGUUAGGCGGGUUCUCGCGCACUGACAACGGCAUGUAUCAAGGGUUGAUUGAUACUGCAAUCACCGAUGCCAUGUCAUAUCUAAGCCAGCUGUCGGCUACUGCGCGUAUAAAUUCGGGUCUGUGCUGGCCUAUUGCUGUGGUCGGGUCUUGUUUGUCCGACGCGGAACACCAGGAUACUCUACGCCAACGCCUCACCACCAUGGUCAAUACCUUUGGACUGGGCAACAUGCAACGGACUCUACUUUUACUUGAGCACAUGUGGCAGAUGCCAUUAGACGAGGCAGGGCCAUGGAACAUCUGCCGAGCUAUGCAACGGAAUCAAAUAUGGAUAUCGUUUGCCUAA